AUGGCAGCCCAGAUCUCAAUCGCAGCUGGUAAAUCCCACCGCAGAGAGGGAAGUAAAUUUGUAGAUGCUUUACCUGAGAAGGGAGUGUUGGAGUUGAGGUCGGAAGAUGGGGAGUUUACUCAUUUCUCUUGGAAGAAUAGAGUCACAGGCCAAGUUGAAGAUGAACUUCUCAUCUUCCCUGGUGAAGCUACUUUCACCCAAGUUGAGCAAGACCCUUCUGGUCGAACCCAUAUCCUGAAAUUCUCAAGUUCCGAUCAAAAGUACUUUUUCUGGAUCCAGAAAUCUGAUCGACAAGUCAUUUCCAGAGCUCAAGUGGACAUCGAUCAUCUGAUUCAAGAUCCUUCUUACAGGAUUGGCUCAGCACCCCUCCCUAUCCCCUCGACCCCACAAAGGACCCAAGAGAGAUCAUGGCCUCCUACCCCCGGUGCACCAAGAUUGUCUCAUCCUGAACCUGCACCUCGAUCGGCCGCUUCUGCUAGUACACCUGCCGUCGCCGCCGGCAGUAGCUCAGCUGCAGGCGGGAUGAAUAUCGAGGACACGCCCGCUCAAGGUGGUGGAGCGGAUAAUAGUCAAGAUCAAAUGGCUAGGAUGUUAGCUGAGUGGGCUAGCGGUGGUGGUCUCGCUCCUGCGGAGGAUGAUGCGAGACUGACAGACGUCCUAUCUCCUAUCCAAAUGUCAACUCUACUUACCACUCACCCAACUCUGAUACCUACAAUCGUUCCCCUUUUACCUGAAGGCUUAGAUCUUCCCCCUAACCCCUCUGCACAAGAUUUAUUACCUAUUCUUUCCGCACCUCAAUUCACCGAUGCGAUAGCCUCGCUCGACAAUGCUCUGCGAUCCGGUGGAUUACCUAGUGGGAUGAUGAGAGAAUUGGGAUUACCUGAAAACGCUGGUCAGAGCGUCAAGGCUUUUUUGGAGGGGCUGAUUGCGCUUAAAAGGGAUGGAGGAGCGAGCGGCGGUGAGGACGAAAGGAUGGAUGAGGACUAG